GCUCCGCAGCCUGCCAUGCUGGAGCAUCUGAGUUCGCUGCCCACACAGAUGGAUUACAAGGGCCAGAAGCUGGCUGAACAGAUGUUUCAGGGAAUUAUUCUUUUUUCUGUGAUAGUUGGAUUUAUCUACGGGUACGUGGCUGAACAAUUCGGGUGGACUGUCUACACAGUUAUGGCCAGAUUUGCUUUUUCAUGUUUGCUGACACUUCCUCCAUGGCCCAUCUAUUGCCGACAUCCUCUCAAGUGGUUACCCGUUCAAGACUCAAGCACAGAAGACAAGAAGCCAGGGAAAAGAAAAAUUAAGAGGCAUGCUAAAAAUAAUUAAUUGAGGUUUUCAUGAUUCAGCAUCUGCUUUUGUUUCCUGUGAGCUGAGUUAGACUGCUUUCAUUAAAAUAUGAGCUAAAACCACAUAUGCUCUUAUGGCACAGCUGCGUAUAGAUUUAGGUUCACUUCAUUUCUAACCCAAUUGGGUUUUGACUUACAGUUUAGACCCUCUCGUCAUAAUCUUGCUCUGAAAUGGGGAACAGAAAAUAUGAGUAUUCAGUUUCUUUCAGGUAUAGAUAAUGAACAACUGCCUCAUAAAUGAUAGUACAAUUUAACAAUCAGAGUUGCACAAUUUAACUAUCAAAGUUUUGUAAUUCAUUAUGAGUUGCUUAACUGUUUUAAUGUUUCCAAUUAAAACUCAUAAUGCAAAAAAAAAAAAAAA